UAUUUGCCAAAAAUAUAUCUCACCCAAGCUACACAUAUGGCUGAGGACUGCACUGCCACCUCCCCUCCACUGCACAGUUGGUGGGAUCUCCACCAUGCAACCUCUCUUUCUCCAUGGACUAUUAACCCUAGCUCUUGGUACCAUCACAAUAAUCAUCAUCAAAACCCUAAUUCUCACUCUUCUAAUUGUGAUCAGGAUGAUGUGCUUUCAAUCUCCACUUCCUUGACUAAUGCUUCCAAUCAUUCUGUGUUAACUAGUGUCGACAAGUCGUCCGAUGGCUGCCGUGGUACACGUCGGCUUGUUGAACAACCGACCGUUGAUCCUCAUCAGUCUAAUGGGUUGAUCAAUGGAGAGCAUGGUUCUGAUAAUCAUCUUUGGAGCCAUGUUUUAUCAAAUGUAGGAAACAACGGUGCAGAUGUAGGAGAGAAUUUAUUCGAGUCGAUAUCAUCGAAGAGCAACUCAUCGGCGGCCGGAAUCUUUGAACCUGCAGCUUGUGACUACUUAAAGAAAAUUGAUGGCAAUUGGGAAAUCUCAAACUCGUCGGUUUUCAAUAAUUUUAUCAAAAACAUGAACGAAGGGUUCGAUACAAGUAGCACCGAUAACGAUCAGCAAAGCUCGAUUGAAAGAGAAAGGCUAACUAAGUUGUCCAACAUGGUUAGCCACUGGUCCAUUGCCCCACCGGACUCUCAAGUUAAUCCCCCACAGUUUAUUAAUCCGAAAUCAAUGGAAAACUACUCACAAUCACAGCAGCAGCAGCAGCCUGGUGCGUUUUGUGGAAUGGAAACAGUGAAAACCCCAGUUUUUUUACCAUGUUAUCAGGAUGUGAAAAUGGAGAACCCAAGUGUUGAUAUGGAACCUCCGAGUUCCUAUCUUCGAAGGCCUCUCAAGACGACUAACAAUGGCGGCAAUGGGUAUCAUCUUUAUAACAGUCUUAUUAACAAUUCAAUAUCAAUGGAAGCUAACUUUUAUGGAUCCAUGUCUCCUUCUCCAACCACAAGUAACAUUACUUAUGGCAGACUAAACAAGCCUUUGAUUGACAUCCAUGCAUCAUCAAAGCCCCGUUUUAGGCCCUUGAAUUUAUCAGAUUGCAAGAAGCAAGGGCUCCAAGCUGCAAAUUCUCUGCAGACAAGAACUAGCAAUGGACGAACACAAGGAAUUGCAAACGAAGGAAAGAAGAAAAGAGGUGAAGAAACAUCUGACAGUACCACAGUGUUGAAAAAGCCUAAGCAUGAAAAUUCCUCAGCUUCAUCAGUAAAGAUGCACGCCCCAAAAGUGAAGCUGGGAGACAAGAUAACAGCACUUCAACAAAUUGUGUCGCCAUUUGGAAAGACUGAUACGGCCUCAGUUUUACUAGAAGCAAUUGGAUACAUCAACUUCCUACAAGAACAAGUGCAGUUGCUGAGUAAUCCUUACAUGAAACCCAACUCUCUCAAGGAUCCAUGGGAUAGAAAAUAUCAGAAAGGAGAUGGGAAGGAUGAUCUAAGGAGCAGAGGUUUAUGUUUGGUUCCAAUAUCUUGUACCCCAAAAGUUUACCAUGAAAACACUGGUUCAGAUUACUGGAGCCCAACAUAUAGGGGUUGUUUGUAUAGAUGAAGAAUUAAAGCUCAUGCUUUGACAUUUGUAUACACAUAUAUGAUUAUAUGUAUUACUUUUAAACAAAACAAUGUGAAACAU